AUUAGAAAGCUCUCCUGUGAAAUCUCCCACAAUGCAUCAGUGCUACAGUUGCCGCAGUUUCCGCCUCCAUCACAGCCCACGAGAGGAAGCAGCUAGUGAAGGUAUAUAUGAGAGCAUGGAGGUGUUCUCCUCUUCAUCACCUCCUGAGGAACCCAUAUAUCUACAGCUCCAACCAUCUGAUCCCGCCUCUCCAUCGCCACCCCCACCCCCCAGACCAAUACCCCCACCCCGCCCCCUGUCCACACUGCGGGUACAUCAUAAAGACGAACGAAGCACUCCACCUGGUCCACCAUUACGAAAACCAAAAACAGGAGACCAGAAACAAGGCAGAAACAUUGAGGCUAAAGAAAAAAGAGAACGGUGAUCAGACUCAGGUGAGCUGCAAAGGUGAUGGUGGCAGUGACCAUUGUGGAGAAGAGUUGCUCCAGUGUGUAAGCUCUGCCCCCACAGGAGGAGUGUGAGCGAGUGUGUGAUGCGGGGGGAGGUCACACUGUGGCAGCAUCUUGAAGCAGUGAAGCAGAGUGGAGUAUUAAACACACUGUCCUACAGAGAGAGACAGAGACAAGAGUGCAUGUUUGAGGUUGUGACUUCGGAAGCGUCUUAUUUCCGCUCACUCAAUGUGCUCAGAGAUCACUUCCUGGGGUCACGGGAGCUGGACGACACGCUCGUCAUCCACGACAAGAAGUCCCUUUUCUCCAACACCCUGCAGGUGCAUGAGGUCAGCCAAAGGUUCCUGCAGGAUCUGCUGGAUCAUGUGGAUGAGGAUGUUCUCAUCUCUGAUGUGUGUGACAUCAUCUACAACCAUGCGCAUACACACUUUUCUGUGUACGUGGAGUAUGUCAGGAACCAGGUGUAUCAGGAGAAGACUUACUGCAAGCUAAUGCAGGGUAACCGUGUAUUCCACACAGUUAUGAGGCGUUUAGAACAAUCUCCUCUCUGUAAUCGGCUGCCAUUUACCUCCUUCAUGCUGCUGCCAUUUCAGAGGAUAACACGCAUCAAGAUCCUGAUACAGAGCAUUCUGAAGAACACAGUGGAGGGUUCAAAAGAGGAAAAAACAGCCUGUAGAGCUCUAACUACAGUGAAUGAGAUGAUCAAAGAGGCAAAUACACAGGUGGGCCAGAUGAAGCAGAUGGAGGAGCUCAUACACAUUGCCACUAUACUGCAGUUCGACAAACUCAAGGCGAUCCCUCUGGUGUCUCGAACACGAUGUCUGGAGAAACAGGGUGAGCUGCAGGAGCUCAUUAAAGGAGGAUCAAUGUUCAGCUUCCGCUUCCGUUUCAGCCCCAUCUACAUCUUCCUCUUCACUGACAUUAUCAUCAUAACACGCAGGAGCAGUGUAAAUUGCUUCCAGGUUCUUGACCACGCCCACCGCUCUCUGGUUCAGGUCCAGCCCCUGGAGGGAGGGACUCAGUUAGACCACACCUUCUGUUUAAUACUGCUGGAGAACCACCAGGGCAAUGUUUGUGAGCGUGUACUAAAGGCUAACACAGAAUCAGACCUGCACCGGUGGAUGGCAGCAUUUCCGUCUGUCACUAUCAGACCCGAGAGUAAGGAAGAAAGAGUGUAUGAUGAUUGGGACUGCCCACAGGUCCAGUGCAUCCAGCAGUAUGUUGCAAAACAGGCUGAUGAACUCAGCCUAGAACCUUCUGAUAUAAUCAAUGUUAUACGCAAAACAAAGGAGGGUUGGUGGGAGGGGAUUCGGCUCUCGGAUCAGACGACCGGUUGGUUUCCUCACAAUGUCGUGAUGGAGGUCACUAACGAGCACCAGCGUCGCCGCAACCUCCGCGAACAAUACCGAAUCUCGCAGGCAGCCAAUCGCAGCACUGCAAACACUGGCUCACUCCAGCCAACCAAUCACAGCCUUUCAAAGUAAGCUUUACUGCUGGAGGGGAUCACAAGCACCAAGUUCACCUUAAGCAGCCAAUCACAAUAUACAAGAAAGAGCAGAAACACAACUACAUAAUCAGAUGCGCCAAACUCUACCACUACCUUCCAAAAAUAAUAAUAAUCCACUAAUCACAGCCUAGAGGACCGUGUCAGCCAAUCAGAGCUCAGAGAGUGGAUGUGGUACACUGAAGCUUCUCGUACACAUUAUUGUAGUAUUGUAAGUAAAAUUAUGGAUAAAUGGAAAUGAACUUUGUGAAAUUCAAUCUGUCAAGUGUGAGUGAGCAAGUGUGUGUUUGUGUGUGUGUGAAAAUAAAGACACAUUGCUUCAGUCUGAAAGGUUUAAU